AUGCAUGAGCAAGGCUUCUUUCCAGACCACCAUUUGCUGCAGGCUGGUUGCACAGGGGGCUCAUCAUUGACAUCACAAAGCCAAAUCCUGAAGAAGCACCUGUUGCUGCUAGGGCAAAUCUCUUGCUUUGAAGUAGGGGAAGAAGGCCAAGGUCUUCAGUGUGCUAGUCAGAGGCAGGUUGACAAUCACUUGGUCCAGUCCUUGAAGACCCCAAUGGAGAUCCCGGCUCUUGGUCGACCCUUACCUCUGGGGACAUUGUAUGACUGUUGCUCAGAUACCUUCAUCCCUAGCAUCACUGUGUGGGACAGGGAUAGGCUGCAGAGAAAUGUGACCACAGAAAAGCAGUGCAAGACUGACUUUGACAUCAUCACCUCUGAUUCUAUUCAUGAGAAGACCAAUGCCAUGAAUAUCACUGCAGAGCUGAAAGCAAGUGUCCUGGGGGGGCUGGUAGAAAUAGGAGGCUCUGCCAAGUAUUUAAAUGACACCAAGACAUCGCAACAGCAAGCUCGGGUCACUCUCAAGUACAGUCUGACUACACAGUAUUCCCACCUCACGAUGAACCACCUGGGAUAUCAGAAUAUUGCUUACCAUGAUGUGUUUGAUAAUGGAACAGCCACCCACGUGGUCACUGCAGUGCUCUAUGGGGUCCAGGCUUUCUUCAUGUUUGAUCAGAAAGUUUCCAACAACGAAAAUGUAAAGGAUAUAGAAGAAACAUUGAAGGCUAAAGUAAAGGAUAUUCCCCAAAUAUCAGCAAAAGUAGGGGGAGAGAUAAAAAUGGAGGACAGUGAGAAAAAAUCAACCAAGGAAUUCUGGUAUAAGUUUUGUGGGGAUUUUGUCCUUGAGACCAAUCCAGUGACUUAUGAAGAUGCAGUAAGAGUCUAUGUCUCCCUUCCUAAGCUACUUAGGGUUCAUGGGGUGCCCCUCCAAGUCUGGCUGUACCUUCUGGAGGAGCUGAGCUCCAAGGGUGCCAGGCUGGUUCAAGGGAUCAGCAUUAGCUUGGUGUGGGAUGCCCAGGACACUCUGGAGAAGUUAUCUCCAGAUAACUUAUAUCCAGUAAAGUUAUCUGAGUAUGAGAAGAGGUGUCAUGACAUGCUUGAGGCACUAGGAGUCUCAGUCUUUUCUACAAUCAGGGAAAAGGUCAGGCUAUUCCAGGAGCUAAAUUGGCAGCACAGACUGCUUUUAUAGAAGGAAAUAGCCAAGGCCUUCCCUCAGAUCCAGGCAGGUAGAGCAGAGGAAGAUGAGCUAACUAGGAUUUUAACCAGGGAAAGCCAGUCCCCAUUCAGCACUAGGAGGCUCUCAGAGUUCCUGGAUCAGAAGCUCUAGGAGAUGAAGGUGGUCAAGUCCUACCUCACCCUUCUGAAGGAGGUACCAGUCAUAACUGACCAGAAUGAAUUGGAUGAUAUGAUACUAGGCUCUCCCCACAGAUUUGUCCUGGUGUUUGCACUCACCUCCUUGCAAGAGGAACCCUACUUAGCAGAUUGGAAACAGUGGCUACGGAAUCCAGAAUCAUUCAGUCCUGACUGUGAGCAAAAGACAAAUUCCUCCUGGAUUAAGAACAGAGAGACAAGGGGAAAAGCAAUACAAUUGGCAGAAUCCUUUUUAACAUUUGCCAAGGCCAAUCAUUCCACUGAGAAGACCCAAUUCAUUGUGGCAUCUGUCCCAGACCAGGAGAACAAGGAGGUCUCCAUUUACCUCUAUGAAAAGGGACUGCUGGGCAGCACCAACUUUAAGGUACCAGUCAAACCUCCCCCUCCUCAGAUUGGUGAGGUCACACAUGAAUGUGUAACACUCACACUGACCCCAGCAUCUGGAAAGGAGAAGAGGAUCACUGGCUAUCAGACAGAGUACCAGGUUGUAGGGGAAGAGGGCUGGUCCACCAUCCCUGUGCCUGGAAAGUCAGAGGUAUUCAAAGUGAGUGGCCUUGAGCCUAGCACAGAGUAUGUGUUCAGGUUUGCUGAGGUGUGUGAGGUAGGGAUCAGCGAGAGCAGUGAUAUGAGCCUUGCUGUGAGGACACUUACCCCAAGCUGCCCUCCCGGGAAGCCAGAAGAUCUUGUGGUGGGACCACAGUCUGUGACCCUGCACUGGCAGGGUCCAAGUGUUGGUGCAGCAGGAGUCAAGAUCAAGGAACAUAGAAUAGAGUACACAGAGGUGACUGAAGCUGUGGGUGAGGAGAAGGAAGGAGAAUGGCAUGAACACAGCACAGGAAAAAAAGAGAUGUCCUUUGACAUUGGCGGACUGACACCUCAGACUGUAUACAGAUUCCGAGUUUUUGUUGUGUAUGAUGGAGGCUGCAGCAGUGACAGGAGUGGCCCAGUGAGGACCCUCUCUUCGAGAGAGGCUGUUUGA